CUUACCGUGAACCCAGCAAAUAAGGGUCCCGGGGACUUGUUCAAUUACAGGGUACGGUGCAAUGUCCGAAGCGGGGCCAAGCUCCUUAAGAGCUUCGGGGAGGGCCUGCUGACCACCGUGGCGUCUGACCACAGGUGGGUCAUUGUGGUGUCGAUCAUAAUGAGGAAGGUUCUUGGUGUCUUCAGGAAGCCCACGGAAUGGACCAGCUUUUUGGUGGAGUUCUUCCUUGACCUCCUUCCCAGCAAUGGCAGCCUCUUCCGGUUUCUCCUCAAUUUCGCCUCAGGAAAAGUGGUAAUCCCGCAGAGGGGUUCAGAGACUUUCAUCAGCAUGAUUGGGCACUUAGAUGGGCGGAAAGAUCUUUUUGAGUGCAAGAACCCAAUGGAAGAUUGCACUGAUUUAGUAUCUCUGGGGAAGAUUGCGAAAGGAGAAUUGGGUAAUCGGGUUCUCAUGGACCUCAUUAUCAUGGCCUCAGCGCUCGCUUACGAGAACUCAAAAGUCAUUCAGAAUGUUGUAACUCUUCACUGGAAGAGGCAUUUGGUUCAUUUUUAUGACUGCUGAAAUGAUUACCAAAAGGAAAGGGCAACUCAAGUGUUCAUAAUGUGCGAUAAGCCCGAAGAUGCAAACUUGAUAUUGAUCAGCUUCAGGGGAACUGAACCGUUCGAGGACUGUGAUUGGAGUACCGACUUUGACUACUCGUGAUUUGAGAUCCCAAAAAUGGGAAAGGUCCACAUGGGAUUCCUCGAAGCCUAGUUUGUUGUCACAGGGCAUAGCCUUGGUGGGGCUCUAGCAAUAUUAUUCCCGAUAGCUCUGGAAUUUCCCAAGGAGGUGGAGGUAAUGCAGAGGUUGUUGGUUGUCUAUACAUUCGGGCAACCUCGGGUCGGGGACAGGCAGCUUUGGAGGUUCAUGGAGCCUCGUCUAGAUUUUCCCAAACCGAGAUACUUUAGGGUCAUGUAUUGUAAUGACCUUGUCCCGAGAUUGCCAUAUGAUGACAAGACAUUCUUGUACAAGCAUUUUGGCAUGUGCCUCUACUUCCGAAUCUUUGAACCAAAAUCGGAGAAGGAACCCAACAAGAACUUAAGCCUGAGUCAUGCGGUUGCCAUACAUCUGAACGCAGUCUGGGAGUUGGUUCGAGGCUUAGCUAUGGGUUAUCUGUACGGGCCAGAGUACAAAGAAGGGUGAUUCUUGAUAUUGUUCAGAGUAUUUGGAGUCUUUCUUCUAGGAAUUUCUGCACAUUGCCCCACGAAUUACAUUGACUCCAUCAGGCUCGGGAAGGAGUCCAGAAGAUAG